CUCCUUUGGUAAUAGCUGCGGGAAAGAGACUCCGACUCACAACAGGCAAACGCAACAUGCUGAAAUAGAGGCAGAGAGGCAACAACAUGCGUAAGGUCCGGCUCCUAUAUUUAACCCAACAGCCCUCCUUCACAGGAUGGCACUCGAUCUCUAACCUAACAGUGUAAUGUGAUCCUCUCAACACAGAGUUCACCAAAGAUAAUGUCAGGAAAUGGCUGCAUUUGUAAACAGACCCUCCGGAAACGGAAAGGAAAUACACAUCUGGAUUUAUCUUAGCUAGCCAGACAGCCGUGUCUCAGUUGUGUCGAUCUCCAGCAACCCAAAGUGACCAUCUCAUCCCUCUGUGGAUCAUUCAGCCCUGAGGGGGGAGCCGUCAUAUCCUCCAACAGCUCUGUUGUGUGUGUAUCUGUGUGUUCUGCGCAGUUUUAUAAUUAAACCUAGAAACCAUGCCAUGCACUGAUUAUAGUCCAUUUCCCCUGUGACACAGUCUUCCUUGAAGAUAUGCUGCUGAGGACGCUAAAAUUUGAAUAAAAUUUUUGAAUGAAACUAUUAGGGCUACUACAAAUGAUUAUCAUUAUUAACAUUUUGUACUGCUGAUCUUGUCUGCCAGUUAUUUUCUUAGUUAAUCGGUCAAUCAUUUGCUCUAUGAACCAUCCUUAAAAUCACCAUGUCCUAGAGCUCAUGUAGACAUUUUUAAACUGCUGUUCUGUCUCACCAGUGGGCCAAAACCCAUUCAUAUUCAGUUUACUAUUAUAGAAGACCAACAAAACCUCAAAACUGACACUAGUACAUUGUUGACAUUUUUGAUUACACUCCUUUUAGCUCUAUCCACUACUGAAGCCACUCCACACUGCCAGUAAUGACUGUCUGACUUGUGCCAAAGUAACUUGCAUAAGACUCACAGCUAUGAUUUUUCAUAACAGCAAAUGCACAUGUGCAACUAAUAACAAUAACACUGAUUUCAAACAUGCAACAUGUCUGCUGUUGGAAAUGCCUAUUACAUUUUCCCCCUCACAAAUGUUUUAUUUUCAAAUUGGAAAAGCCAAUUAGCAUGUAGAGCACUGUGUUACUACAGUUCUUCAUUGAACAAUGGACCGGUAGAAAUGCAGCAUUCAUUGAAGACUUUUGAUGGGUUAGCACCUUACUUUACUGUUACAGCGAAACUCUGGGAUGGAGUGGGCCUUUAAUGCAGAAUUAAUGUUCAGGGAACAAAUUUUAGUUCAUAUGCAUCAAAUAAAUAAAAUGUGAACACAAAAAUGUAUAUGUAGGAUCUGUGCUGCUUUUAUGUACAGUAGCUGUGAUUUGUGAGAGAACUCCCUCAUACUAUAUCUGAGGUGGAUGACUAGACAUCCUGUAAGAUAAGGGUCAGUAGGUCAAAACUGACCGUAUAUACUAUAUGAGCCUUUUUCACGGAAGACAGCACAGAUAUAAAUAAUAAAAUUAAUGAUGGGUGAAUUCCAUUUAGCCGCUUCAGUUUCAGGGUCCCGGUAUUAUGCAUGCUGCCUCACUGUCGCACUGUCACCUAACACCUGUUUUUCUCCUUCUGUGAGUCAAAAUGUCUGCUGUGAGAAAAAGACCCACGGACAGACCAAUAUAUUCGACUAAUACCUACAGUUGUGGUGAUCUGACAGCCAUGCCUUUGAAGUCACCUGCAGGGGAGGAAGGACAUCUUUGUGCUCAUCGAGGAGGAGUCUGCCGGUUGACUUCCAGUAGCUGCCUGGCCACCGCCUUCUUUCUGCUGCCCCAACCAACCCCCACCCUUCCUCCUCCUCCACCUCUCCUCUCGUCAGCCGCUACUGCAGCAGCAGCCCGGUGCCUCCUGGAUCCAUGAAGAAAUCCCUGCCGCACGGCACCUUCCCCGCCAACAUGGGCCGCAAGCCUUCCACUGCGUUGAUGUGUUGAUAUUGAGAUUAUUCAGUUAUCAAAUAUGAAUCAUGCAUUUGAUAUUUCUGGCCACUUUGCUCGUCAGCAUCCUUUCGCCCUGGCUUCAUCCAUCACUAGCGUCAUCCGGGUUUUCAUGUCUGCGUGGUGGGAAUUUUCUUGCAGUUUCUCAAGGAGUAGAGGACAAGGUUGAGAGGGCUGCAGUGCCAGCGCUGCUGAAGCAACAGGCAACUGCAGCACCUGCUACAGACAACACAACACACCAUGCAGUAGAGCAUGAGAUCACCUACCCCUCGCGGUUGAUCUACUACCUAAACGAGGACUCGGAGAGUACCUACCAUGACCUGGACACCCGGGCCAAGAACCAAGCCACAGAGGGCCAGGCAGUCCACCUCGCCCAGGCCAGUUUCCAGUUAGAGGCAUUUGGCUCCAGAUUUGUCCUGGAUCUAAUGUUGAACAAUGACUUGCUGUCUUCAGAUUAUGUUGAGAUCCACUAUGAGGGGGGCAAACCUGUUGUUUCAAAGGGCGGUGAGCACUGUUACUACCACGGCCAGGUGAGAGGGAAUGAUAACUCCCACGUGGCCUUAUCUACCUGCAACGGGCUGCACGGGAUGUUUGACGAUGGAGUCUAUGUGUAUCUAAUUGAGCCCUUACAACAGACUCAUUCAAUCGAUACAGCUGCAAGGCCUCACAAACUAAGAAGAGCAGCCUCCCUUCACUCGAACAAUGAUUCAGAGGAACAGGUGGAGGAAGAGCAGCUCUUCUCAGAGCUGGAUGACUUGUCCUGGCUGAAGCGCAGGAAAAAGCGAGCUAUGCCUCGCAGUGUAUUUGAGGAAAUGAAAUAUUUAGAGAUCAUGAUUGUCAGUGACCACAAUAUGUACAAACGACACAAGACGAAGCAGCAAAUGAGGAAUUUUGCUAAGUCAGUGGUGAAUCUUGUGGAUGCUAUCUUCAAGGAGCACCUACAUACACGUGUGGUGCUCGUUGCUGUGGAGAUCUGGACAGACAAGGAUCAGAUCCCCAUCAGCGUGAGGCCACUGGAAUUGCUGCGAGAUUUCUCCAAGUAUCGGCAGCAGAGCAUCAAGCACCACGCAGAUGCUGUGCACCUUUUCUCAAAUGCGACCUUCCACUUCCACAGAAGCAGUGCAGCGUACUUUGGGGGCGCAUGUUCUACGACCCGUGGAGUAGGGGUCAAUGAGUACGGCAAUACCGGGUCCAUUGCAGUGUCUCUAUCCCAGAGCCUGGCGCAGAAUCUGGGCAUCCAGUGGGACCCGGCAUCCAAGAGAAAGGAAUGUGGUUGUUCUGACUCGUGGACUGGCUGCAUUAUGGAGGAUACUGGGGUCCAACACCCACGGAUAUUCUCCAAAUGCAGCAUAUCAGAUUACAAGGAGUUCCUCUUGAAAGGUGGAGGCUCUUGUCUGUUUAACAGGCCAACCAAGCUGUUCGAGGCAACAGAAUGCGGGAAUGGAUUUGUAGAAGUGGGAGAGGAGUGUGACUGUGGAGCGAGAGCAGAGUGCUACAAGGAAUGCUGCAAGAAGUGUUCCCUCGCCAACGGGGCGCACUGCAGCGAUGGCCCGUGCUGCAAUAACACAUGUCUGUUCUAUCCUCGAGGUUACAGUUGCCGCUACGCUGUGAACGACUGUGAUAUCUCAGAGACCUGCUCUGGGGACUCUGGACAGUGCCCUCCCAACCUUCAUAAACAAGAUGGUUACAUCUGCCAGGUUAACCAGGGUCGUUGCUACAAUGGAGAGUGCAAGACCAGAGAGAACCAGUGUAAAUACAUCUGGGGGUCAAAGGCCGGAGGCUCAGAGAAGUUCUGCUAUGAGAAGCUGAACACGGAGGGCACGGAGAAGGGCAACUGUGGAAAAGAUGGAGAGAAAUGGAUCCAGUGUAGCAAACAUGAUGUGUUCUGUGGUUACCUUUUGUGUACCAACAUUGGCCGCAGCCCACGCAUCGGCAUUAUGAAGGGAGAUAUUACCACUACACUCCUCAACCUUAAAAGCGGGCAAGUAGAUUGCAGUGGUGGCCAUGUCCUUCUGGAUGAUGAGACUGAUUUAGGCUACGUGGAGGAUGGGACUCCCUGUGGGCCGUCAAUGAUGUGCCUUGACCACAAGUGUCUGCCCAUCCAGUCACUCAACAUGAGCACCUGCCCCAGCGGACCUAAUGGACAGGUGUGCUCUGCCCAUGGGGUGUGCAACAAUGAAGCCACAUGCACCUGUGACACUACCUGGGCAGGGACAGACUGUAGUAUGCCUGACCCGCCUAAAGAGCCUGAGGCCACUCAGGAAGAAGGACCCAAGGGUCCUAGUGCCACCAAUCUAAUAAUAGGCUCCAUCGCCGGAGCCAUCCUUGUGGCUGCCAUAGUGCUGGGGGGGACUGGAUGGGGCUUUAAAAAUGUGAAGAAACGGCGAUACGACCCCAAUGCCACAGCCAUUUAACCCAGGGAGAGAUGGCAAUCACAGAUGGACUCCUCCAAGGCUUCCUUAGUUGGCUACCUGACAGCUGGACUGCACUUAUUGCUGCUGAUCUUUGGCAUUAGAUUUACUUGAAAAAGACAUAGUGGACAUUUUAACAAAUUCCAUCGUAGUGACAUAAAAAAUGCAGCCUUUUCAACUUCACUUCACUCAUGUAACAACCCUCCAUCCCCAGCCCACCCUGAUCUCUAGUGUGACAGAGCUCCUCUUCCAUCUUUUAGUGCCAGUGCACAGGCGUUCAGGCGGAAUCCACACCACUCUCUCACCUGGCAUGAUUAUCCGCACAAAGCGUGCUGCUUGCUGGCCCCCCGGCAUGAAGAGCCCUCUUUACAGGGCCCUGCAUGGCUACAAAAGCUACGAAUAUACCGCAAAGGACAUACAAAGAGGAAAAAAAAAGGAAUUAACCAAUGGAGGAGAUAACCUCGUUAAAAACCCAACCCAGCUCCUAUAGUUCACAUUUAGGAGCUGUAGAUGAAUAAAGAAGGCUGCAUGUGAGGACCCAUAAGGAAGGCAGUGCAGACCACAUAGUGAAUGCGUACACACAAAAUUGUACAUAAAUAAGGAGUUCAGGUUUGGAAUUAUCAGCAUACUUUACAAGGACAUCAAUUGCUUUUGUUUUUUAUCUUAGCAUGUUGUAUAGCGGGUGUUUUUGGCAAUGUUGUUGGAAAAAAAAACUGCAAUUAUGAUUUUGGCCUAGAUUGUAGUCGCAUGCUGCAAAGCCUGCUGGGAUUGUCCGGGCAGAGGUCAACGGUUAGAUUCACUCCAGCGGACAGAGCAGCUGUGGUGUCGAGGAGAAGCAUGUCAGUUCUAGAGGGAUUCGGACUGAGAUCAAUGUCAGAUUAACAAGAUUUCCCCCCUGAAGUAUCUUCAACAGUGACUCAAAAGCCAAAGAACCAAUCACCUGAACAUACGGAUGUUGUUGCACACAGAGCACUUUCCCCUCUGUCUGCGGCCAGUGGUGCCUCUCCCACUGCUGAGGGCAUGAAGUCUGUCCAUGCAGGCACUCACCUGUCCAGCCAGGUCUCACUAAACAGUCCUCAUCAACACCCACUAUACUGGCUUAGCCUUUUGCUCUCAUAAACUCUUAGUAGAAAUCAAGUUCAGCUCUACUGGCAACACUGCAUGCAAUCACUAUAGUGGGCUUAUAUGGGAGUCCCCAAAAUCCACAAGAAAAAUAUGCUACAAAAGAUAGGUGCAUGUCAACAACAAAAACAUUUAACUUUUAUUUACUAUGCAAAGAGAGAUAUUGCACAAAAGUCUGGGUAAUAACGAUAUCAAUGUAGACAUGGAAUUACAAAAACCUCUGCUAAUCAGCUGAUCUUUUGUAUCUGGCCACUCCCACGUCUCCUUUCAUUUCGCUUACACAUACUCUAACUACGAAUGGACAAACAAAAUUAAAAAAAAGAAAAGAACUGAAUUAAUAUUUCCAAUGAAAAAUGAGAGAGCACCCUUUUACAGCUGUGGAACUGAAAAUCAUUUUUGUGUGUUUUUCAUUCAGCCUGAUAUUUUUAAUCAACCACAUACACACACACCUACACACACACACACACACACACACACUGUAUGGUGCCUGUACAUAUUGAGGCCUGAACACUUUCCUUGUGCAGGGCUAUUAUUUUCAGUCCAGCUGAUAGUUGGUGUGUUCCAGGUGCUGCCAUAGCACUGGCAUUGUUGUAAUCCUCCAUGUUACUCAUCGUCUGGUGUCCCUCUCUCACUGCAUAAUGUACAGUUGGACCGAUGAAUAAACUACUGACAAAUUUUAAAUGUGCUUUGCCGUCAUUUCCUCACUGAACUGAUUCUGUCUCCUAGAGUAUAACUGCUCUGACAUAUGGCAAAAGUGACCAAAAAAUUAAGACAGUAAUUUAGUGUAGCUGACUUUGUAAAAUUAAUGUUAAGACAAGCGUAAAGUUACAUCUUAUCAAUUAGUGUCAACCACACUUCAAAAUAUUUUUAACGACCGCAUAUAUUACUGCAUUGUUCGUGGUCAUUACUUGUAAGGCUUUUAUCCUUUCAGAGUGUUAUUAAAAAUUACUCAUCUAAAUAUGUUUGACAGUUCCUAAAGAGACACUGUGCUAGCUGCUUUAAGGAAUAGUAUUUUUUUUAGGAAAUUUGCUUAAUCGCUUUCUCACUGAGAGCUAGUUGAGAAGAUUGAUCCCACUCACAUGUCUGUACAGUAAAAAUGAGCUCAACUCCAGAAAGUCACUGCACCCGACCAAGAAAUAGUCACACAUAACCCCCCGUAAAACAUUGGUUUUUGUACCGUUUAAACAAGAUAUAACAUAUAAAUAAAUUAAUGACUAACAGUUAUCUAACUGGCUGUAGCUUCUCGAAUGCACAGAUAUGAGAGUAGUAAUGAUCUUCUCAUCUAAGUCUCUGCAACAGGCAGUUUAUCAGAAGGUGAAACUUCCUUUAACAAAAAUAUUGUAAUAACAUGACUGUGUUUAACCAAGACUAAGAAAAGUGAUGGCUAAAGCUAUGCUGCACACACUGAACUAGGCACCUUUUUUGUAAUUGUCAUUAAUUUCCUCAUAAGAAAAUGUCUGACUGUGCUAUCCUAUAAUAUUCUCACAGAAAUUUAGCAAGUUGUAUUAAUCAAACUGUUGACUGUAUUUCACAUUGUGGUGUCUUUCCCCAGUAGUACCAUUUUUCUACAGGGAUUCACGGUGUGUUUGUGGUACUCUGUUGUCAGUUUUUGGUGAUCAUAUAAUACUAAUUUGUAUAUUUAGUAUUUAAAUUGUAAAAUUCUAUUUUUUUGUGUGUGGCUUUCUAAACCUAAACUUUAAUCUAAAUAUGUUCAUAAGUAUCACUCUGUAUCUUUUCCAUAAGAGAUAAGGGACUUCAGUUUGUUCUGCUCCUGUAGUUGUUGACUUUCCCUGGUUCCUUGUUCUGAUGGACCCUUAAUUAAUUCAACAUUUGAAAUGAGAACUUAAAUUCUUUGUGCCGUCAUGAUCUGUUUCUCCAUAAAUCUCAAGGAAA